UGUAAUGUUUCGCCCUGCACUGUAAUUAAGAUAUUACUUGUCUGUAUUCUACUCACAUUUAGUUACAUUUAUUUAAAUGUUUGUCUCUUUGUGUAUUACUGUCUCUUCCACGCUCACGAUGUUUUGUUGGCGUUGAGAAGAGGGGGAACACCUGCGGAAGCAUUACAAGAGGUCAAACAGUAGAUGUCUCCCUUGUCGUGCAGCUGUGCGUCUUCACACUCCAGCCACUCCGCACUACACAGAUGACACAGACGCCAUUUUGAAAAGCAAAUUGUUCAUAGCACACCCGCACACAGAACUGGAACUAUGCCGCGGGGCCGGCCUCGCAAACUGAGAGUUAAAAGCAACGACGAAACAGAUGCAAAUGAAAAUAAAGUUGAUGGUUUCAAAGAUGGCGAAAUCAAGGCCAAGAAAUGCACAAUAUGCUCACAAAUAUUCACCACCGAAAGCCAGCUGCAGAGGCAUCUUCGUGAGCAUGAGAUCAAUGACAAGCCUCAUCGUUGUGACCAGUGUCCACAGACGUUUAACGUGGAGUUCAACCUCACACUCCAUAAGUCCACACACACAACUUCUGACUUCACCUGUCCUGUAUGCAAUAAAAAAUUCUCCCGCAUUGCCAGUCUCAAAUCCCAUACUAUGCUGCACGAAAGGGAAGAGAACUUGAUCUGUACAGAAUGUGGGGAUGAGUUUGUUCUUCAGAGUCAGCUCUCUCUUCACUCAGAGGACCACCGCAAGGAGUUGUCCGGCAUCAAAGUCUACACCUGUAAGACUUGCGGGAAGGAGCUCAAGACAUCUGCACACCUCAAGGAGCACAUGAAGUGUCACAUCAAGAUCAGGCCGCUGUCAUCUAGCUCCAGAAAUUACAAGAAAAAUAUUGAUCGCAGUGGGUUCACCAACAGCUGCCAUCACUGUGGAAAGGCAUUCAAAAAGCCCAGCCAACUUGUCAGACACAUACGCAUCCACACAGGUGAAAGACCCUUUAAGUGCACACAUUGCAGCAAGGCUUUUAACCAGAAGGUGGUGCUGCAAACUCACAUGGUGAGACAUACUGGGGAAAAGCCACAUCUCUGCAUGUUCUGUCCGGCCUCCUUCUCGCAGAAGGGGAACCUACACUCCCAUGUUCAGAGGGUUCAUUCAGAGGCGAAAGGUGUGCCAUUGUUCCCCUGUAUGGACUGCAGCUGCGUAUUUAAGAAGUUGGGCAGUUUGAAUGCACACAUCGGCAAGAUGCACAUCUCUGUCAUUGAUGUACCUUCCAGCACUUUGGAGACAGACACAGCAGGUCCUGCAGGGUCAGAUGGCACAGAGGCAGUAACAGACGUCAUCCAACAGCUACUUGAGCUCUCUGAGCAAGUCAAUGGAGAGACAGCGCAGCCGCAACCCCCAGAACCAGCUGUUGCCAUGGAAAGCGCCAUUAACCAAGACAUCCUCCAGCAAGCUCUAGAGAACAGCGGGCUGAGUGUAGCCCCAACUCAGAAUGUUGAUGCCAAUGUCAGAGAUACUCAGAACCAGACAUCUGAGGGAGCAAAUGUGGACUUGAAAAAAACACCGCUUCUGGAGAAACCUAUCAGAGAAAGAAAAAGAAGCAUUUUCAAAAAACCAAUACAAAUGCCAGGCUCCAUCAGGGAGGAAAAUGGCAUCCGCUGGCAUGGAUGCCCUUACUGCUCCAAAGAAUUUAAGAAACCCAGCGACCUCGUCCGCCACAUCCGCAUCCAUACCCAUGAGAAACCUUUUAAGUGCAAACAGUGCUUCCGAGCAUUUGCUGUCAAUAGUACACUCACAGCCCAUAUGAAAACUCACACAGGCAUCAAGGCGUUUGAGUGCCAAUGCUGCCUGAAGUGCUUCUCUACUUCUGGCAGCAUGAAGGUACACAUGCGACUGCAUACCGGUGUUCGGCCUUUCUCCUGCCCUCACUGUGAUAAGAUCUUUCGUACAUCAGGACACAGGAAAACGCAUAUAGCGUCUCACUUCAAAAGCUUACAGCAGAAGAAACACAGGUUUCCACGAAAAGCCAACAAAGCCAAAGUGUCUAAGAGUAAUUUACCAUUACCUGACAUCCCACUGCAGGAGCCUAUUCUCAUUACAGACUUUGGCCUCAUCCCAUCUCAGAACCCUCGCCUGGCAUUCCAACAGUAUCUGGAGGUGGUGGGUAGCGAUCGUCCAUACAAGUGCCAGUUCUGUAAUAAGGCAUAUAAGAAAUCAAGUCAUCUGAAACAGCACAUUAGAUCUCACACAGGUGAAAGGCCAUACAAGUGUGUGCAGUGUGGUCGGGGUUUCGCCUCCUCAGGGGUUCUCAAGGCUCACAUCAGGACCCACUCAGGACUGAAGGCAUACAAGUGUGUCAUGUGUGAUACAACGUUCACCACCAGUGGUAGCCUACGACGCCACAUGACGACUCAUAGUGAUCUACGGCCUUACAUGUGCCCAUACUGCCAGAAGACGUUCAAGUCAUCUCCAAACUGUCGGAAACACAUGAAGACACACAGAUAUGAACUGGCUCAACAAUUGCAGCCUCAGUCUGCUGAAGACCCACUAGAAGCUGGCACGGUGCCCCACGAUAUGCAGGUGGAGAUGGAGGGAAACUCCCUUCAGCAACCACCCGCAACUUCAUGUGAGCAACAAAACAUGCUGGGACUUGGACAAGCAGAGGGUGUAAAUGGAGGCCAGCCGGUGAUAUUAGAAGCACAAUUGACCAACCAGCCACUGGUGCAAGGAGAAGACUCCUAUGUGACCACACAACAUGGUUUGCCUCAGAAUAUCACCCAAUUUGAGACGCGAACACUCCCUCAGACCACAUUCGACCAGCAAGCUUUAACACAAGGCUUUACCAUGACAGAAUCAAGUUACACUCAAAGCCAGUUCUCCACUGUCCAGCAGCUACAGGAUUCCAGUACGCUAGAGUCUCAGGCCCUGUCAUCCAGCUUUCCUCCCCCGACUUUGCUUCAUGUUUCCAAUGCUGAAGUGACAAAUGGGCUUCUCCAGCAGAACAGUCAGGGAGAACUACAACUCGACACUGAGCCACACGACUACCAGGAGGACUGUGAAGACAACAGCAAGAGAGCGUACAGGUGCACGUGGUGUAACAAAGGCUUUAAAAAGUCAAGUCAUCUUAAACAGCAUUUGCGCUCCCAUACUGGGGAGAAGCCUUUCAGAUGUCACCUCUGUGGACGAGCUUUUGUAUCAGCUGGGGUGUUGAAAUCCCAUCUGAACACACACACAGGAGUGAAGCCCUUCAAGUGUAACGUUUGUGAUGCCUCCUUCACAACUAAUGGCAGCCUGAACCGCCACAUGAUUAUCCAUGUCAAGUCAUUCAAAUGCUCCACAUGCGAUGAAAGCUUCAGGACAAGCCUGCUUUGUAAAAAGCACAUGAGAAAGGAGCAUGCGAUAGAGGAUCAAAUUAUUGGUUUGGAAGGUCGAGAUGUGGAAGAGGAUGAAGAUGAAGAAGAUGAAGGGGAUCAAAAAACAUCGAAGAGACGGGGAAUGGAAAUCAUCACUUUCACAGAGGAACAGGCAGCAGAGCUAGCAAAGGAUCCCGGUGAGGAGGCAUCCGUGUCAGAGCGAAUCCUAUCCCAGUCUGCAGCCGAGAGGGAUCGCAUCAGCGAGAUCAAGGACAAGGCGGUGGUAUUGGAGACAGAACCCAAGUUUGCAAAUUGCUGCACUUUCUGCCCCAAGAGCUUCAAAAAGCCCAGUGACCUUGUCAGGCAUAUUCGAAUUCACACAGGAGAAAGACCGUACAAGUGUGAUGAAUGUGGGAAGAGUUUUACAGUGAAAUCUACUCUGGAUUGUCAUGUGAAGACACACACAGGUCAGAAACUGGUCAACUGCCACAUGUGCAACACUUCCUUCUCUACAAAGGGUAGCUUAAAGGUGCACAUGCGGCUCCACACUGGCUCCAAGCCUUUCAAAUGCCCCUUCUGUGACCUUCGCUUUCGAACUUCCGGGCAUCGCAAAACACACAUCCAGUGCCACUUCAGGGCUAAUGGAGCGAACCGCAAGUCCAAGCGUCCUUCCUCGUCUUCUGCUCAAACCAGUCAUAGUGAAGCUAUGGGCCAUGCCGGUGCCUCAGGACAAGGCCAGCAUACAACAGCAUCAGAGGCGCUUCAGACUGUGGGGCUGCUACAAACCUCCAACCCUGACAACAUCUACCUCCCAGCAAACCAAGUGCUGACUGGGCAGUUUGACCAGAAUCUUUUACAGUCGGGCCUGGUGGGACAGGCAAUUCUGCCAGCCUCAAUGUCAGGAGAUGUGAAUGUGUCCCUAUCAGAUGGGCUGACCACACUUGAAGGGAUUCACCUCCAGUUGACUCCCGCCAACUUGGUCUGCCCGAAUGUCCAGAUCUCUGGCAUCGACACAAGCAACUUAAACAACAUCACUCUGCAGAUCGACCAUGCCCUUCUCCAACAGACUCUACAGCAGGGCGGCCUUCUCUCACAGCCUCUUAGUGUCGACACUGGUCUUGUCCUCCACUCUGGCAGUCAGCUUAUGUCUACUGGUGACGCAUCUGUGUCAGCCAAUGUUGUCCUCCAACCCCUGACCAGCCUGGGCCUGCAGCCAUCCACCAUCGCACCUGCCCAAGUCACAAUGGCUGGCCUCUCCGAGCAGGACACUGCAGGUUCUCAGGACUUGAGCCAUGUCAUGGGCAGCACUGGGUUGGUGAGUGGGGGCGCUGGCAGUCAAGAGAUUACACUCACGAUCAACAAUUCCAGCCUCACACAUGCACUAGCACAAGUGCAAGCAACGCCUUCGGCUUCCAACACCUCAUCAGGAAACCCUCAAGAGAUCACUCUCACCAUAUCAGGUCAGGAUUUACUCCCCCAGCACAGCACUAAUGCAGAGAUGAACAGUGGCCUCAGACUUGCAUCACCACUCACAGGGCAGCCCACCAACGCCACCUUGACUAUCACCAAUGACCACCUUCUACCUCAGAACCCCACCAACACUGGAAUGACUGUCACCAGUCUUCCGUCUAGCACCUCGCUAUCACACAGCACUUCAUCUCAAAGCCUAGUCUUGUCACCAGGAAGUGUGGCCAAUGAUGGUAGCGUUACACUGACCCUAUCAGAUGCCCAGGGUAUGUUGGAUGGCGUUACUGUAAACCUCAACACACAGGGUCAGGCAUUCCCUGCAGUGCUGAAUGACUCCAAUCUACAAUCUGGGCAACAAGCUAUUGCAGGCCAGCCAGUCAUACUGGUCAGCCAUCAUUCCCAAUCUGUGAUGGGAACCUCUGACAGUGGAUAUAAUAUUGAAAAUGAUAGCUGUAAGGGUAGAAAGAGUCACCCCACGGAGGCUGAGAAUCAGCACAAAUGUUUCUACUGUAAUUUUCUAUGCCCAAAUGCCAACUCUCUACGCCGUCACUGUAGACAAGCUCAUAGUAAAGACCGAUGCCACGUCUGCAGCAUCUGCAACAAAGCCUUUAAGCGAGCAAUGCAUCUUAAGGAGCAUGAACGAGUGCACCAGCCCGGCCCAUCGCCCAGCUCCCUCAGACCUAGACUCUUCAGCUGCUCCUCAUGCGGGAAGGCCUUCCCUAAGCGCAGUCAGCUGGAGAGACACAACCGCACACACACAGGCGAACGUCCCUUCAAGUGUCCUCAGUGCGACAAGGCCUUCAACCAAAAGAGUUCUUUGCAAGUGCACAUGGUCAAACACACAGGAAAGAAGCCCUUCAAGUGUGAGAUAUGCAGCAUUCGAUUCACUCAGAAGAGCAACAUGAGACACCACAUGAAGCGAGCCCACGGCUACGGUCAAAUUCAGGAUGUGGCCCUGCGGCAAGAAGAACCAACCACUCAGGUCACCGUAACUCCUGAACUUGACCUGGAAGUGGUCCCUGAGUCAUCCGGAGAUUGGCAGACCGUUUUCCCCUGAGCCACCCCUCAUCACGGAAAUCCCGAGCAGGUUACCGUAUAUACUGUGCAUUGUUGAGAGUUUGUCAACAAAUAAUCAAACCUU